UAUAACCAGACACCGACGGGUCCAUCUCCACCGCUCCCGCUUCUGAGGUAUAUUUACCAAACAAGUAAAAAAAACAAAAAACCCUCCCCUGUCUCUCUUUUCCCAGGUGGCAUCCCACCAGUGCCAUGCAGCACAGCUCCAUCCACUGGUUUCGGAAAGGUCUCCGGCUGCACGACAACCCGGCGCUGCUGGCGGCGGUCACCGAUUGCCGUCGCCUUCAUCCCCUCUUCAUCCUCGACCCCUCCGGCAGCCGGGCAGGUGCCAACGCCUGGCGCUUCCUCCUCGAUGCCCUGCAGGACUUGGACAGGAGCCUGCAGGAAAUGGGCUCCAGGCUGUUCGUGGUACGGGGCUGCCCGGAGGAGGUGUUUCCCCGUCUCUUCCAUGCCUGGGGGACGACAAGGUUGACCUUCGAGGUAGACACCGAACCCCUGGCCCACCGGCGUGACGCUGCCGUGGCCGAGCUGGCGGCCCAGCACGGCGUAGAGGUGAUCCAGAAGGUGUCCCACACCCUCUACGACACCGAGAGAAUCCUCGCCUUGAACGAUGGCAAAGCCCCCAUGACCUACAAGAGGCUGCAGAGCCUCCUGGCAUCCCUGGGACCCCCGGAGAAGCCGGCCCCGGCACUCACACGGGAACAUCUCCAGGGCUGCCGCGUCCCGUGCCAGGUCAGCCACAACGCCGACUACGGGGUCCCCACCUUGGAGGAGCUGGGACAGGACCCCACCAAGGUGGGGCCUCACCUCUACCCUGGUGGGGAGACAGCAGCGCUCACCCGGCUCGACACACACAUGGAGAGGACAGCCUGGGUGUGCAGCUUCAAGAAGCCUGAGACGGAGCCCAACUCGCUGAGCCCCAGCACCACCGUCCUCAGCCCCUACCUCAGAUUUGGCUGCCUCUCGGUCCGCACGUUCUGGUGGCGGCUGGAUGAGAUCUACCAAGGGCGGGAGCACUCCCAGCCCCCCGUCUCUCUGCACGGGCAGCUCCUCUGGAGGGAGUUUUUCUACACUGCCGGCGCCACCAUCCCCAAUUUCGACCAGAUGCUCGGCAACCCCGUCUGCCUGCAGGUCGACUGGGAUGACAACCCCCAGCAUCUCCAAGCCUGGAGGGAGGGCCGGACGGGCUACCCCUUCAUUGAUGCCAUCAUGACCCAGCUGCGUUCCGAGGGCUGGAUCCACCACCUUGCUCGGCACGCCGUUGCCUGCUUCCUCACCCGUGGGGAUCUCUGGGUCUCCUGGGAAGAAGGGCUGAAGGUCUUUGAGGAGCUCCUGCUAGAUGCAGACUGGUCCCUCAACGCUGGCAACUGGCUGUGGCUGUCGGGCAGUGCCUUCUUCCACCGAUAUUUCCAUGUCUACUCGCCUGUCACCUUUGGAAAGAAGACAGACCAGGAUGGAGCAUACAUUCGGAAAUACCUUCCCAUCCUCAAGGAUUUCCCCACCGAGUAUAUCUACGAGCCCUGGAAGGCACCCCGGGCCGUGCAGGAGCGGGCGGGCUGCCUGGUGGGCACCAACUACCCCCAGCCCAUCGUGGAGCACCAAGCAGUGAGGGAGAGGAACAUGGGGCGCAUGAAGGCAGCCCGUGCCCGGAAAGGUAAUGGAUCCCCCAAGAAGCACCAAGCUCCCCCCACCGUUCUGCUGUCACCCCGGCUGCCCUCCUCUCCUCCAGCCAACAAGCGGGAGCCACCGGCCAGCCCUUCGGUAGCCGAAUCGCAAAGGAAAAAGCCCAAGGCUGAGCAACGCUGACCUCACAGGGACCCAGGCAGCUGCCAGUCACUGGUCUGGCACCAUUUGUCCCUUUUUGACCUAUUUCACUCAAACUGCCUCCCUUCAUUAAUCCCUUCCUCUCCCACCCUGGGGCUGAUGACUUUGCUGCUGCUGCCACCCCAAAAACCAACUCCCCAAACCGGGACGUGCCCCAAAGACAAACACCACCCCAAGUCCUCGAGGAGCAACACCCCACUGGACAAAGCUCCACCCCAGCCUUAGCUAGAAUAUAAUCAUUAUUAAAGGGAUCAGAGUAAUUAAGAAAGCCCAGUUUGAUUCACAACGUGCCUUGACCCACCAGCACCAAGUUGAAAUCCCCUGGCUACAUUGUCAGCGGCCUAGCUGUCACAGAGAAGCCUGCAAAGAGCGUUAGGAAAGGGGUCGAGCGCGAGGCUGUGUCAAAGCCAGCCCAUGGGAAGGCGCUCAGGUGAGAAAAUAAGGCUAGUUUCGCCUUUAAAUACACCCACCAUCAAUACUGUUUAUUUAUGGCGCCAACAGAAAGUGACACACAGCUAUCCUGAAAGCCAGAGAACUGCUCCUCCUCUGGAGUACAC